AGGAUUUCCGUGGAAAUGGGAGAAAAUACUGAAAAUCCACUAAAUAUCACUCUGGAAUUUGGAGGCGGAGCUGAAAUUUUGUUCAACAAAGUCAAACGGAAAGAAGUGGAGCUUCGUGGAAGGAAAACAUGGACAAUAGGAGAGCUCCUCGAAUGGAUGAAGGUCAAUAUGCCAACAGACCGUCCAGAACUCUUCUUCACGGAGGAUUCUGUACGCCCGGGAAUACUGGUUCUCGUUAAUGAAACAGAUUGGGAUCUACUGGACAAACAGGAUUACGUGAUUCAGCCAAAGGACACAAUUCUCUUCAUAUCAACGCUUCAUGGAGGAUAAAAAAUAAAUUAUUUAUAUCGAAAAAGGA